AUGUCUAAGAAACGGAAGCUUGACGAUAUAUAUGACAAAAGGGAAGACAAAAUGCGCGAACCAGGAGAAGAAGAUGUAGAAGCAAAUGAGGAGAAUGCUAAAGUAUGUCCAGUCCUCUCCCAGUCCGCUGUACCUCAUCUUGACUCAUUCUACCCCUCCCAGGCAGCUCGUCGCAUAAAUCUCGCGAUUAGAGUGUUCGACAAAAGAGACACUGAAGCGACAGAGAAGAUCCAACAGCUCGAGAAGCGCACCAUAAAGCUGAUAAAAGAAAAAGAGACCCGAAAACCCGCCAUGGCGCUCCUCAAAAGGAAGUUGGAAGAAGUGCAACCACCAUCACAAUCACGUAAACGGCAGAAGCUCGAGGACAGAUUUAAUCCUGACGACUGGAAGGAUCACGUUCGACGUCUAGGUGUCCUGUUUUCCGAGUUCCACCCCGAGGGCGAUGCUGCUAUCUCGGAAGGGGAACAAUUCCAACGACAUUUUGAGGCUUUGACCGAGGUGUUUUGCAGCACAAAGAGUCCCGAGUUUGUGUUCCCUAGCUACGAAAGAUGGAAAGAGUUGCCCGAGAAGGAAAACAGCAAGCCUAUGUGCUUAUACUUGCUUGUCUGGGGAAGGACUUGUCCAUUUUAUAAUCCAAGAUGGGACCGAAAGCACGGAUAUUGUCUCGGUGUCCGCCGAAUCAAUGGCAGAACAAUGACACGUAUCUCACGUACCAGAGUAUCCAAGAGAACAAUAGAAGUGCCUGCAGCAGAGGGGUUGGAUAUGGGUGACAGGUUUGAUGCAGACGAUGAAAAGGAUGAAAAAGAUGCAAAGGACGAAGGAGAAGUCAAUUCAAUUAGAAAAGUAAGAAAUUGGUUAAAGAAAGGAAGUGGAGGAAACGCCGCCUGA